CUCCAUCGACAAUCUCUAGCAAUGAACAUCAGCUAAGCGCGCUGGAUAUAUAAGCAUUAAACCAUUUGUGGCAGUGCAUAUUUAAUAUUCCGCAGGAAAAGGAAUUAAAUUGUGUGCCCAAAGCUACCCGUGGUAACUGUUAACCGUGUGCUCCGACAGUACUGAUAGUAGUGUGAGCAGGAGGUGGCUCGUGCUGUUUCUCUCAUAAUUCUUAAAAUGGCCUAGCACAUAAUGACUUGAGAUUAUUGUGCUUCGGUCGCUUACAGUAAUCGCACAGAAAUAGCAACUAAAUACAUUUGUUUGGUCACUGAGGUAAUGCGCACAUUUUUGUUUGCCUACUUCGUAACACACCUGUUUCCUUGUGAUGGAAUGCAUACUUGGCUGUUGAUACCGUUUAAUGGAUCAUUUAACAUGAACAGUUUAAGCUACCUGGAAAAAUAUUUAAUACUGUCAUGUGAUUUCUGCGAAAUUGUCACACAAUGACACAACACAUAUUAUGCACGUUAAUUUCUAGGUUCUCAUUUAUGUUGAACUGUUAACUCAAACAAAUUCGCAGGUAGCUUGAUUACAACUGGUUUAAGUGACCUGUAGGACCAAUCUUAUGUCAAUGUUGGUGUUGGAAAUAUUACUAGGAAUUCCGUGUAUAAUGGGAAUAAGUUUUCAGUAAAUCAAUACACAACAGUUUUGCCUUUCUAUUACAUAUUUAGAUGGAUAAGAUGCACAAGGUUCUUAUUUUUAUGCAAGGCUGAAAUGCACUCAUUCUACUUUGUUGAAAGCAAGCAAAGAAAAAUUGCCUUAAAUGUAUGGAUAAUCCAUCAUACACUCAAUAUGACCAAUGUCAUCUCUUAUCAUUGCCCAAUCCAGUUUAACAUGUAUAUUUUUUUACAAUAAUUAUUUCUGUACUUCUACAACACUUGUAGUUUAUUAUUAACAUUGGUUUGUCUGAGCAAUGUAUGCUCCAUGAUCCAUGUUUAUCUGCAGAUUUGAAUAAUUCUGUGGGAAGCUCUGUGAACAUGAAUAGACUUGUUGUACACUGUGUUCAUUUUUGCAUAAUUAUGUAGAAUUCUGUGCUAUCCCCACCGUUUUAACCCUGUGCUCCCCUCUCUUAACUGAAUCAGACUCCAUAUGAGUUUUUUAUGCUCUUUACAAAUAUUACCGCACAUUAUAACCGGGCAUGAGAUUCUUUCCAUUUUAGACGAGAUAAUACUGGAAAGAGUGUAUGUAGUUCACCAGAAAUCUGGAAAUUUAAUUACUGGAACUGUUGUGUAUUACUACCCAAAUAUACCCAAUUAUCGGUCCCAUUCUCCGCAGCUUGUCCGGUUCACAGGGUUGUUAACUUUUGAAACUGUUCUUAGUCUAGAUACAUAGGUUAAAAAGGGGAGCAAGUGCUUUGAGUAAGCAAGCAUUUGCAAAACCGUGCUAUCCUCUCUAUGUAUUGUGUGGUGGAGAUAAGAAAGACCUUGCUUGUUUCCUGUGCCUGGGGAAAAAGUUCUCUAGAAGCAAAUGCAUGUAUCUUAUUGGUCAAAUGGGAAACGUUAUGACUGCUGUCACCAUGGCUACCGUUGUUAAAGGUGAUAGGUGUGUACAUGCAUUUGUGUGGUUAUGGGUGCUUCCUGCUUGUCUGAUUGUUUAAAUUAGACUUAUGUAAUUGUUAAACCGAGAUAUUUAACAAGAGUAAGGCCAUGAUUUGGGGGGGAAAUUCUUCCUUGUGUUAGAUUCCCAGAAUUACUUGUGUGCCCUUAGAAAUAAAACAUUCCUACUUGUCUCACUUUCUAUUUGAAGGAGCCAAGCUAUAAAGACAAAUUCAGUGGCAGGCUCUUUUACUGUUAAACCUGUGACCUCAUUUUUUCAGAGAAACUGCUACUUUCUUUUUAGAUGUUUUCUCUCUCAGGUCCUGUGGUUGCCACUACAUCAGGCAGUCUUGUAAUAUUUCUGCCAUGUUAUGAAAGAUAUGUAUACCACUUUGUUUACAGGAGGAGAGUGUGGACGUCAAGGCCUUGAGGGCUAGGUUUCAUGCUAAGGCUGAGAUGGCUGCUGUUGGAGGAGGCGGUCCCCCGAGGACCUUGCUGCCAGGAGUCGGGAGAGCAGGAACGCCGAUGGCAUUCAACUCGAACGUCAAUGGAGCUGUCAGACCCAAGGCAUCGCCCACUGGUCCCAAACCGCUGCCAGGAGUUCGCUCCCCUUCAGACUUGUACAGGUUCCCCAGGCCCCCCACGGCUGAUCCUGGGGGUCCAACCACUGUAAGAAACCUUUCUCCACUGGGCGUCUUCCCAAGACCGCCGCCGUCUCACCACAUCGGCUCCCAAGAGCAAAGAACGGCCUCGCCAGGCACAGAAAAGCCAGGGAGGGUCAAAGCAACAGGGGAGCUGUUACAAAACAAGAUGCUGAGGCAGCUUCCUGGGUCAGACGGGACCGUACCCAAGCCGGCCUCUCCCGUCAUCACCUUACUGCGCAGCCAGAGGAGCAUGACCGAAGUCCCCCCCCUCAGGAGGAACCUUCCCCCUGAGGGACCCAGGCCCCUCAAACCCAAACGUCCGCCUUACGUCAAUCUGGACAAUUUCAGGAAAGCUCCUGCUUUCACCCCAAUGCCUAGACUUCCAACGCCAGGGAAGAUUCAUGGUGGCAGCAGUCCGUCCCUGCCUGGGUCAGCUAGUCCAUCAGGUCCACCAAGGCUCCCAGCAAAACCCAGCAGUCUACACCAGCAACACUCCACUGUUCUUGAUGAGGAUGACCAGGACACUUAUGAUGACAUAGAUGUGCUUCCACCUCCCCCACCCCCUCCACCAAAAUAUCCAGGAAGUAGAGAUGACUCCUGGACUGACCAUGGUUCCACACAAGGAGAUGAGGAAAGUGGUGAAAGUGAAAUUUAUGAACCUAUUGAUGAACCUGAGGAGUCAUCCAAUCCCAUCAGCAAGGUCAAGAAAAAGAAGGACCAGCUUGAGCUGAAAAAUAAAGACCAGAGGGUGAAACAAAAGAAAGAGAAUGAAUACAGAAAGAAAUUUAAGUUGACUGAGCCAGUGGAGGUCUUGCAUAUAGCCAAGGUUCGACACGACUGGCAAGGGGGCAAGAAUGAUCUGUCUGUGCGGCAGGGUGACACUAUAGAGAUCAUCCGGAUCAAGGACAACCCAGGGGGCAAAUGGCUUGCCCGCACACUCAGUGGCACCUAUGGGUACAUCAACAAUACGUGUGUGGACCUGGACUAUGAGGAAGUGAAGCGAAGCUUCCUUUGUAAAGCGGCAGACGCCUCUUUCCCCCCACCACCUCCUGCACAAGACGAUGACUUCUACGAUGAUGUGGGCUCCUCACAACAAUUGAACAGCAGCACUGAUUUGGACAAUGAAGAUGUGUAUGAUGAUGUGCAGCAGAUACCGGAUGAGUUCCCACCUCCCCCUCCAGAGCCAAGCCUAGAUCCCAAAAAAGCCAAAAAACAGGAAAAGGAAGAGAAAGAAUUUAGAAAAAAGUUUAAGUUUGAAGGGCCUAUAACUGUCAUCUGCCACAUGAUGGUUGAUCCCAACAACAGCGUCAAAAAGGGAGGUGGAAAGGAUCUAUCCUUAAAUCGUGGAGAGAUCCUGGAAGUCAUUCAGUUCAUCAACGACAAGAAGGCAUUGUGCCGCAACCAGCAGGGGAAAUAUGGAUAUGUGCCACGGUCUGUCCUCCUACACAUGGAAGGGGAAAUUUAUGAUGACGUUGAUAGCCAAGCAGUUGUUUAUGACAACGAUUCCAGCACAGAUCAGAAACCCUGGUCCUGAAGACAGUAGUUGUAAAUGGGAUGAAGUCUAACCUGAGAAAAUAUUUAUUUCUUCCAGAGAGGAAUUUCUAAAUAGCCAUUAGUUCAAUCUGGUGCAUAGAAAAGCAAGCGCUCAAAAGAAACUUGAAUCUCUUGAGGUUUUUUACAAUUUGUAAAUAAAAUGUUGGGCUUUCAGUUUCA